AUGGGUAAGCCAAGGGAAAUAGAAGUUUCGAUAGAUAAUGGUGAAAAUGGGAGGGAAGUUAGUGGUGGGGAAGUUAGUGAGAAGGAAUUUAGUGGUGAAGAAACUGAUGGAGAAUUUGAUUGUGAGGAUGAGUUAGAAGAAGAGGCAAGGAUUAAUGAUAUUGCAUUUGAUAGGGCAGUAGAUCCUACUGUAGAGUUUCAGGGGGUUGGAUCAAGUGCUAAUGUGCAAGAUAAGGAAAAUCAGUGUGCAGUAAAUGAGGAAGUGAACUUUUUUGAUGAAGGGACUCCUCAUGGCAGUGAUGAGGAAGUUGAAGAUGACAUUUGGCCACAGUUUAGGGCUUGUGAUAUGGAAUGUCCUCAAUUUACUGUGGGUAUGACAUUUGGGACUAAAGCUGAGUUUAAAGAAGCCAUUGUAAAUUAUGCAUUCAAAGAUGGUAAGGAUUUAAAGUUUGUAAGGAAUGAUAAAAUCAGAUUUGUAGCCAAGUGCAAACAAAGUGACUGCCCAUGGUACAUAACCCUUAGGAAGAAUGAGAAUGAUAACUGUUGGAGAAUUUCUGUUUUUAAUGAUAAGCAUGAGUGUUCUUGGGUGUACGAGAACACAAUGGUUAGCUCAAGAAGACUUGCAAAGAAGUGGAAGAAAGAAAUUGGUAGCAAUUCUGAAUGGAAAGUAAGUGAGUUUAGAAACAGAGUGGCAACAGAUCAAGGGUUCCAUAUAUCUCAAAAGGUGGCUUAUAAGGCUAUGAAAUUUGCUAGGGCUAACCUAACUGGAGAAAUGGAGGACUACUUUAAAAAGUUUUGGAGCUACUACCUUGAAAUCCAAAGAUCAAAUCCUAACACUACUUCUAUUGUAAAGACGAGUGAAUUUAUAGAAGAGGGAGGACAGAAAAGAUUCUUAAGAUGGUACAUAUGUUGGGAAGCUUGCAAAAUUGGAUUUUCACAUUGUAGGAAGAUUAUUGGUGUUGAUGGUUGCCACUUGAGGUCUACAUAUGGGGGUUACUUGCUUACAGCAACAGCAAUGGACCCAAAUGAUGGAAUUUUUCCUAUAGCUUAUGCACUUGCUGAGGGUGAGAGUAAGGAGUCAUGGUCCUGGUUUUUAGCACUGCUUAAACAUGAUCUACGUAUUUCUGAGAGUGAAGAACAUAGGUACACAUUUGUGUCUGACAAGCAGAAGGGUUUGAUUCCAGCAUUUCGUAGUAAGCUCUCCCAUGUUAGUCACAGAUUUUGUGUCAGACACUUGUAUUCCAACAUGAAGGUUGCUGGAUUCCAUGGAAAGGCAAUUAAGGAGACUUUGUGGGCUGCAGCUAGAGCCACAACAGUUAACUCUUUUACAGAAGCAAUGAGGAAGAUGAAAGACUUGGAUGUGAAGGCAUUUGAUUGGCUUGGAGACAAACACCCCUCUGAAUGGUCUAGGUCACACUUUGGCACUGAUGCUUUGUGUGACAUUUUAGUGAACAAUGUGUCUGAGUGCUUUAAUGCCAUGAUUCUUGAUGCUAGGUCUUAUCCACUGAUUAGUUGUUUGGAAAAGAUGAGGACAAUUCUUAUGGUAAGACUGUUUAAGAACAAAGAAGUAGCAACCAAAUGGUCUGGCAGAAUAUGUCCUAGAAUCCUAAGGAAACUGGCAGUUGAGGAGAAAUAUGCAGGGUCUUAUUUGCCAAUUCAAUGUGAUUUAAUGUUGUUUGAGAUCACUGGAAUGCACACUGGAGAGCAUCAUAAGAUUGAUUUGGCUAGGAGAAGUUGUUCUUGCAAAAAAUGGGAUCUUACAGGAAUUCCCUGUAAGCAUGCUAUAUGUGCCAUUUGGAUGAAGAAACAUAAUGUCCUGGAUUAUGUUGACAACUGCUACUCUAUUGAGACAUAUUUGAAGGUGUAUCAAGCUGCAAUCAAACCAAUGGCUGGGCCAAAUGAAUGGCCUAUGACUAAUAAGGAACCACCUUUGCCUCCUUUGUUCAAAACAAGGCCUGGUAGGCCUAAGAAAUUAAGGAAGACAGGUGCAAAUGAAAAUUCAAAGGCUGAAAAUUCAAAGGGGAAAACAGUUGCUGAACAAAUUUCAAAAGAUGGGAUCCAUAUUUCAAGAGCACAUGUUCUCUUCACUGCACAUUGUGUAAAAAAUCAGGCCAUAACAAAAGAAGGUGCCCUUUGA